AUGCGUCUUUCAUUUUCAUAUUUGUCUGGGUAUCUUGAAUCCAUUAGAGAUCCAAACCAUGUUGCAGAAUUGGAUAAACUGCAAUUAAUUGAAGAAUAUUUAUCUGACAACCAAGAGUUAAUUGAUAAAAUUUCCUCUUUUGAUUCUUAUGAUUCGAAGAUAACAGAGCCCAAAAAAGAUAAAACUGUAACACUUAGAUAUCAAAAGGAACAAAUUGAUAUUACUGAUGACGAUAAUAAAGUAGCAUACGACAUUUCAAAGAUUUUGAAACUUAAUUACGAUGAAGUUUUGAAAGUUAUAGCUAAUCAGGAGAAAUCUAUUAAGAAGACCAGCAUCCAGGAAUUGGCUCAAGUAGUAUUAUCCGAACGUUUAUGCAUUGUCACAUCCAUACAUGCCAUUUUGAACAACAGUGAGACCCCUAUUUUAUAUAACAAGAUCUCUACAGAUAUAUCGGUAAAGAAAGAAGAAAUAUUUAUAGACUUAAUGAAUUUAUUAGAUGAUAUAUUUGAGAAGUAUGGGACCUUAAGAGAUUAUCAAUUUGCAGAGGAAUUGGAUUCAGAAGCAAAAUUGUCGGAAAUAUUAAGAAUAAAGAAAAAGGAGGAUAUGAUUUAUAUAACAAACAUUUUGAGAUUAUUAGUACUGUUGUCAUUAAACUCAAAUUUUAAUAAAGAUAUAAUAACCAAAUGGUUUGAUGUUCUUAUUAGAUCAAACGAUUUUUUUGAUACAUUAGUUGAUACAGAUAAUGUUCCAGAAUACAUAGUAGAUAAAAUGGAAUCAUUAUUCACAAUCAACACCUUACUGAUAUUAGGAUUAGAUAUAUCAACUAUCACUAUCAACAACAAUAAACACAUAAUGCAAGAGAAGGAACUUUUUAAAUUUAUAAAUGAAACUUUACUGAAAAAUAAGGUAAAUCCAGUUAUUUCUUAUAUGUGGUCUUUUAUUUUGUUUACCAAACUAUAUUUGUAUGACGAAGAUCCAAUUAGUGAAAAGUUAUUUAUUGAUGCUGUAUUCCAAGAUCAGUCAUUACAGUCAGUCAUUUCUCAUUUUGCAGCCAUUGCAGAAGCACAGAAUGUGUUUUAUUGUAUAAUGAAACUAUCCAACUCAUGUUCGACCAGUAACUUCUAUGCGGCGAUAAUUAGUUCGUUUAUCACUCUUUCAUUAAACUUCAUUGAGAUGACAGUAGAAACAUCUGAGAUGUUCAAGUAUGUUCUAUUUAGAACUCCAGAAGAAUACGUCGAAAAAUUCUUAACUAGUGAUACCUUUGAAAAACAAAUUCUUUUACUGAAGGCCAAACUUCCAUUCGUGUCUGAAGCACUAUUGCCUCUUAUUAAUUUAUCCUCUGUUAACUCAGAUUUCGCUCAUUAUAUUUGGAAAGAAUUAACUGUUUACACUACUAAUAUCAAGUUGGGAGAAUUGGACUAUGAUCUGCUAGAUGAUUCAUCAAAUUCUGAUUUAAUCAUUACGAAAAGAGAUUUAUUAGUUCAGCUACCAUUUGAUACAAAGAAGAAUACUUUCUUGAAAAUUCCUUCAUCAACAAAAGCAAAAAUUUUGGUAUCUAAUUCAUCAGAUAAUGUCCAGGAUUCAGUUCUAUUCCAAAUGAACUAUAGUGGUUGGUCCCUUUUGGGUAAUAUUCUUCAGUCCUUGAAUGAACUUUAUAUUCAUAAGGGAUAUGAAAUUGAUCAACUAGGCAGAUCUACUAUAAUUUCCAUUAUUGAGUUAAUCACCGGAAUUUUAAAGUCAAGUGGGUCGGUUGAUGAAAUUCAAAACACAGUUAGUAGUCUAUCUGUAAAUGUUAAGGAGAAGGAUAUAUUCUCUGUUAUAUUCAAUAUAUUUGAAGUUUCAUUACAAAAUCGUAGUUAUCAACUAAUUUGUUCAUGCACCGACUUCUUAUUAGCAUUAUUUAGACCAUACCCGCAAUAUGUCUGGUCCUAUCUUUUUAAAUCUGAGUUAUUGGAAAGAUAUGGAAAAUCUAGCUAUAUUAACAGCAUUUUAGGUUCCAUUGAGUUAUCAAAUGGAGAAUAUGAUUUCAGCAUAAAGAUAGCGAAAUUAGCAAAUUUGUUAGCUAAUGAUCCAACUGCAUACAUAGGGAAUGCAGUCGUCAAAACGAAGCUAGAUUUCAUUGAAAAAUUAUCAAUGCAUUUAGUUCGUAUUUAUGAAGGAUAUCAGUUUUGGAAUUACACUAAAAUUCCUCAAAGAUUUGAAUUAGGUAUUCAAUGUGCUUCCUUUUUUAAUACUAUUUUAUCAAACUUUUAUGGCACCCCAAAUCACGACAAAGAAAAGAAUAUGUUAAAUACAUGUCUGUCUUCGCUAGCUGAGUCCUUAUUAUCCUCACACUCCAUGGACCUUCAUUCCGCAAAGUCAUUAAUUAGUACACUAACUUCGGGACAAAAUGACGAACUAAGCCUGUUAACUAAUAUUGCAUUCGGAAAAGAAUAUACACAGUUGAUAAACGAAUCAUUUAAACUCUCCAUUACUUUGAUUUCCACAAGAGUCACAUUAAAUUUACCUCCAAGCACUUUUGAAAAACUUGUAUAUGAGAACUCAAAAGAUCUUUUGGAAAUAUAUACUUCAAAAUAUUAUAUGAAAAAUGAUAUCAUAUGUUUAUUGAAUAGUCUCAUAGCAGCGCCAUGGUUAGGUACAUAUCCUUUCUUACUCUCUUAUCUAGGUGAAAAUAAUUCGAAGACUCUAUUUAACAUAGUUUGCUAUGAUUUAGAUAAUCCUUUAAUUGGUAACAACAUUUUAGAAAACUGGUACAAAUUCAUUCAAACGCUAGCAGAAAGCAAGCAAGAUGGACUUGCUGCAUUGUUUUUAACUGGAAAUAUCAUCUCCAGUUCUGAACAGAAACUAUCUGAAAAUCAUUCAAUCAUUGAGAUUUUGAAGAAAAAUUCCCUAAAGUUGAAAUCAUUGCCAGAUUGUACAAGCCACGCCUUAUUAAGUGCUUUAUUGUGCUCACUUGAUUCAUGGUCUUACGGUUUGGACAAAAAAUUCGAUGGUAAAUUUAGUGAUUUAUUGAUUGAAAUUUUAAAUGAAUCGAAUGUUACUUCUCAAAAAGGAAUAUCUACCCCUUCCGAUUACAAUUCCCAAAUUUAUAAGUAUAAAAUAGUUACGAAAAUUGUUGAAAUAUUCGCGUUACAAUUAUUUACCGGUAAGGAUAAUAAAGAACUGAUCUCCAAAAUGUUUAAGCAAAAAGAUAUUACUUUGUUUGUGCAGCCAUUUUUCAAGAUAAAGGGUUAUAACCAUACCUUAAUUGAUACAAUAAAUACCGGGUUCACACAAAUUUGUCCCGGAAAGGAAUUAAAAGACUUUGUUACUUCUCCUGCUUUCAAAAUAAACUCUUCUCAUCAUUCAUAUUUUAACAUUGAAUAUAUGGAUAAAUGGUUUAGUACAAAUCCUAAAUGGAAUUCAUUUAAGGAGCGAUUGUUAAUUGCAUCUUCAGAAGUUGAUCUUGUUUCAGCUCAAGAAGCUGCAGCCAAGGCAUGGGGUGCUUUGUUGAUGUCUUAUAUAAGGGCAUCACAACCUGACAUUAGUCCUAAUUUAAUUGAUUUGGUGUUAAUCUUACUAAAAGACAAUCUGGAUGAAAUUAACGAAGACUUUGAUUUUACUAACAUAUUUUGUGAGCGUCUGGAAUUAUCAUUUUUUAUUUUAUUUACAAUCCAGAAACAAUCGAAGAAAAUAGAAGAACAAAAAUUAAUGGAAAUUUUCAGUCAUCUAGUCUGCAUCUUUAAAUCUAGUAAAAUCUCAUAUCUGGAUAAUAUUCCAUAUUCCACCAAUAACAAUAUGUAUAGACCAAUUUUGCGUUCUUUGUUACUUGUACUACAAAUUAGCAAAGACAACUCAUCAUUUGUAGAAUUAAUGUCUGAUGAGAUAAUUGAAUUUUUCGAAUUAUGCUUUUGUAAAGGAGCUCACUUAAUUUUAGCAGAAUUAUUAACUGAAAUCACUAAUACACCUAAAAAUAACUCCAAAAAAACACCAUUUAAUUUUGCGGAUAGAAUUCAAGACCUUUGUUUCUUACUAUCAAUUUUUAAAUGUAUCAAGGCAUUGAGUCCUUCAAAUGAUUUUAAUAAAGUAAUUGCAUCCUCAUUGAAUGAGAUUGGUACAAUUAAAGUGUUACUCAAUACUUACUCUAGUUCUCACUUAUUUAAGUAUGAUGAAGAACCGGUUCUUGGAUCCAUAGCAUUGAACUUCAUCGCUGAACUAUGUUCUGUAGCAGAAAUUGCCAAAGUUUUUAUUUUCAACGGACUAUUUGCAGUAUUGUUAGAAAGUCCAAUAUCUGUGGCAAUUCAACAAGGCUCUUUGAAACCGGAAACUAAAAUUAAGUUACAUAACAUAUGGAGUCACGGAUUAUUGUCCAUCAUACUAGUAUUGAUUAGCUUGUUUGGCUAUAAGGUACUGGCUGAAUCAUGUUUGUUCGUAUCUUAUUUUACGAAUCAAAUCAAGGAUACAACUUCAAGCUGGUGCUACAGAAACUUAAAUAUAUCGUCUGCAGUAAUUAGAGAGACUUCUCAAUUAAUUUUACUACAAAAGAUGCUAAACGAGCUUAAUUACAAGAAAUUCUUAUCUGAAUCAGGAAAGACGGCCACCAACAAAUCUAGUGGAAUCUCCGAAGUCGAACUAAUCAUAGGUCUAGACAAUGACGACGAUAAAAGACGAUUGAAUUUAGCUUUCAAGCAUUUUUUGACACAUCCUAAAUUCCUUAAAUCCAAGGUCGUUCCUAGUACUUUAGAAGAACGUCAUCUUGUAGAGAAUGAUUCAACAAGGGAUGCAUUCGUUGUAGAACUUACAAAAGAAAUUCAGAAACUACAAGAUAGUUUAUAUAAUAACUUGUAA